AGUCUUGCUGAUGUCUGCUCAAAGUGUUCCUGGCAAACUUCUGGCCCCUGGGGAAGUUCAGGGGGCAGGUCUGGAGAAGGAGAAGGGGAAGUGGGAAGGGAUGUGAAACUUGGCCACAGCCUGGCGCCACUCCUGCUGGGUAUCCCACAGGGGGCCCUGGGCGGAGGGCAGGAGCGUCCAGUUGGAGUUGACAACCGGAGGCAGUGCCGUCAUGGAGGCCUCCUGGAGAUGGCUGGUGAUCUGUGUCCUGGCCGCGACCGUGGCCUUGACGGUGACGCAGGACGUGUGCCGCGCACCAAAUGGGAAGGACGGGGCCCCAGGAAAACCUGGCCGACCUGGGCAGCCAGGCCUCAAGGGGGAGCAAGGGGAGCCGGGGGCCCCUGGCAUCCGGACAGGCAUCCGGGGGCUUAAAGGAGACCAGGGAGAAUCUGGGUCCCCUGGAGCCCCCGGCAAAGUGGGCUACCCAGGGCCCAGUGGCCCCCUGGGGGACCCUGGUGUCCCAGGAUUGAAGGGCAUCAAAGGCAACCCAGGAAACAUCAAGGACCAGCCGCGGCCAGCCUUCUCGGCCAUCAGGCGGAAUCCACCGACGGGUGGCAACGUGGUCAUCUUCGACGUGGUCAUCACCAACCAGGAGGGCCGGUACCAGAGCAACUCGGGCAAGUUUGUCUGCGCUGUGCCCGGCUACUACUACUUCACCUUCCAGGUGGUAUCCAAGUGGGACAUCUGCUUGUCCAUCGUGUCCUCCUUGAGGGGCCAGCUCCGGCGCUCCCUGGGCUUCUGUGACAGCAACAGCAAGGGGUUCUUCCAGGUGGUGUCGGGGGGCACAGUGCUCCAGCUGCAGCAGGGCGACCAGGUCUGGAUCGAAAGAGACCCCCUCAAGGGCCGCAUUUACCAGGGCUCCGAGGCCGACAGCGUCUUCAGCGGCUUCCUCAUCUUCCCGUCCGUCUGAGCCAGGGCAGGCCCUCCCCACCCCGCCUCGGCCACUUCCCGCUGGCUGCGCGACCCGGCCCCUCACUCCACCUCUCUGGCUUCCACGUGCUGCUCUGCAAAAUGGGGGUGCGCUUCCUUUAGCCGCCUGAAGGGCGGGGGCUGGCUCCGAGAGCCCCUAGGACUUGCUGCCCCACCACGCGCUCUAAGAUCAUUUCUUAGAACUAGUCCCGCAAUAAACGUCUGAAUCUGU